AUGGAGCCUUUCCACUGCGACCGGGCCGUGACAUCGCUGGACGCAGUGCCGAAAGGGCGCCUGCAGCUGCAUCACCUGCGAUGCACGUUCGGCUACCCUUGUGGACUCAAGUACCCCCACUAUGCCAAGUUCGACGUGCGGCCGGAGGCAUGUCUGAAAGUUGCCAACUUCGUGCCAGGGGACAUCGUCACAAGCUCGCUAGCCAUGGGCACGCGGAGUACGUGCAUCGGCCUCAAGUACAACUCCCAAGAGAAGAAGGUCGAGUUGUGGUUCCACAAUGUGAUGGGUGAAGGUGCCGGCGUUUUUGAAGGGGACCUCGAUCGGGACCUGCAGUUGGUCGGAAAGACUGUGGUGCAGGAGGUGCGACGGGAGGACGUGGAGGGCGGGGCUUCGGACGGCGAGGCGGAGCACGACGAGCAGGAGUGGGUCGACAGCCACCUGGAGCCCAGUCUGUGCUACGCUGCGAACGGUGGCCAGCUCCUGUCAGUCGACACGCGCGCGGAGAUGAUGAAGAAGUUGAAGCUUCCCUUCAAGUCUGGAGACAUUAUCCGAGAUAAAGCAGACGGAGAGCUGAUGACUUGCAUUGGCGUGGCCAAAAACCCUGGGCACGAGGUUGCGCGGCUGCUGCAUGGCAGCUACUUGCCCGUCUGCGUGUGGUUCCACGUGGCCAACUCGGCAGGCGCGGGCAUCCACCCCAAAAUUCACACGAAAUUGGGCAGGCUGCAGUGGUUACGCAACGAGCCCGUCUCCGGCUUGCCGCAGGACGCGCGAUCGAACCCUCAAGUCCAUUCCGCAGGUGCGGCUCCAACUACCACAGGGCAAGCAGCAGAAAACGAAACUGGCAUUCGCUUCGCCAGCGACAAAGCACGUGUGGGACAGAGGGUGACAUUCCGGUUCCUGAGCCACUUCGGGCCGCCAGGCCAGCUUUUCCUGGACAGCCUUCAUUCGGGCGCUGCAGGAGGGGUGGCCGGUCUCCUAGGAGCAAGGGGCCAAUUCAUCUGUGAGCACCUUCAGCGGCUCAGUGGGUGUACAGGAACUCUCUUGGGUUGGAACUCUUGUGGUCAACGGCAUGGGGAAGGCCACGACCUGUCAGAAGGUCGAUGUCGAAUCCGCUUUGACAGUGGCGAGAUGCAAGUUCUGCCCACGGAGGAUGUCUGGAUCUUGAGCAGCACAAGCACGGAUUCCGAGGUGAAGGUUGGUCUGCAGAGGAAGAGCAGCGUGGACGCCGACCUGCUGGAUGCCGACCCAGAGUUGAAGUGGGCCAUCGCAGUGAGCAUGCAAGAGGUUGUUCCCAUUCAGGACUUCAUGCCGCAGAAGAGGACUCAGAGGACACAGGGAGAGAAGCUGCUCAGCGACCAGGUGGAGGAGUUGGACCUUGCUUACGUUGCCCUGUGCACGGAGAACUGGGCAGAAGACCGUCUGCUUGGGGCAGGAGCAUGCGGUAAAGUCUACAAGGGUAUCCACAGAGAUGAUGGCGGGGAAGCUGCACGUUUCGCGGUGAAGCGGCAGUGGUGUCCGGACGACGACAUCGAAGCUCGCCAGCGUCUGGAGCGAAUGAAUCGGGCCGAGAUCGACACGCUGACGCGCAUCAAGCAUCCGAACAUCAUCCGCCUCCUCGGCUACAGCAAAGGCCAGGAGGACAUGGUGCUGAUCUAUGAGUUUGGGGAGCAGGGCAGCCUGGAGAACGCCUUGCAAGAAGACGCGCUUGCAGCGAAGCUGGAUUGGGCUUUGCGCAUCAGGAUUGCGCACGGAAUCUUGGCGGGCGUCCGGCACUUGCACGAACAGCAGCUGUACCACCGAGAUGUCAAGCCUGGUAACAUCGUCCUCAUGGAAGAUUUCACCCCCAAGUUGAACGACUUUGGGUUGUCCAAGUCUUUCCGGGAGGCCGAGUGCGCAGACGAGGUCCCGGAGGGGACGCCUGAGUUCAUGUGCCAGCAGUACGUGAACACUCACAAGUUCGACGAGAAGAGCGAGGUCUAUGCGAUCGGGGUCACCCUCCUUCAGAUUGUCACUGGCAGCACUGACUUGCAGUCGGGGAAUCCUGCGUUGAUCGACCUCCUGGAUGAAAUCGAUCAAGACGCGGCCAAUGGCAGGACAUCGGCUUGCCAGGCCCGUGACCGUCGACCCGACUUCGAGGACAAUCUGCUACCUGUGGUUGAAGCUUUGUCCGACAUGGCGGUGAUGGCUGCGGCUCCAUAUUUGUCUCGAGCUUGGCUGUCUGAGCUCUUUCCAAAAGUGGAGGCAACGGCCGCAAGCUUGGAGAGGAACACAGAACGAUCCAAGCUCCAGACCGACCAGGUGGAGGAGGUGGAGAUCGCGUAUGUUCAGCACUGUACACAGAACUGGGCAGACGAACGAGUCCUCACCAGGGGUGUCUACGGCACGGUGUACAGGGGAGUGGAUGCAGAAGGUCCUGGCACUUGUCUGUUUGCCGCGAAGCGGCUAGAAUGCCAAGACAAAGAACGCCGCGAGCACAUGGAACGUGUGACCCAGAAGGAGAUUGAAAACCUGACAGGCUUCGCGCAUCCCAACGUCGCACGAUUGCUUGGAUUUUCCAAGACCAAGGAUGCGAUCGUGCUUUUGUAUCAGUACGGGCUUUAUGGCAGCCUUCACAACAAUCUGGAAGGUCAUGGCCAAGCCCAGCGAUUGUCUUGGACCGGCCGCACCUGGAUCAUCCACGGUGUCCUUGAGGCCAUCAGCUUCCUUCACGAAGCUGGCGUUUUCCAUCGUGAUGUGAAGCCUGGGAGCAUCGUGCUUGCUGAGCCCUCGAACGCCCAGGACGGCAUGCUGCUCGUUCCCAAGUUGAUCGACUGCGGCUUGUCGCGGUUCCUCCCGCCGACAGAGAAGACGCUUCGCGCAACGACGGGUAUGCCUGUGCUGGGCACUCCCGGCUUCAUGUGCCCAAGGUAUAUGACAACCGGGGUGUUUGAUGCCAAGAGCGAAGUCUAUUCCGUCGGGGUCACCAUGAUCCAGAUCAUCUCUGGUCUGCUGGACUUCUGCAACACUACUCUGCAAGACAUCGUCAACAGCAAGGGCCGCGAGAAGCCCAAGAGAGUUGCAGAGGCCCGUGAUGGCCGGCCUCCUUGUCAGGCCGAGGAUGUCGAAGUGGUACAGCAGUUGGCGAACUUGGCUGCGCAAGCCACGGCCGGGCACGCCAAGCGAUGCACCGUUCAGGUUUUGCGCAGUCAAACCGAAGCACCUGGCAAGCUCAGCUCUCAAACCAGUGUUGUUGCUUAA